AGGAGUGGUUUACUUAAUUUCUGUGCUGUUGCUUUGGCUCUCAAUGACUUGGGUUAUCGUGCUGUUGGCAUACGUAUUGAUUCGGGUGAUUUGGCUUAUCUAUCCUGUAUGGCUCGUGAAUCUUUUGAACGUGUAGCGGAACGUUUUAAAGUGCCAUGGUUUAAUAAGCUUACAAUUGUGGCAUCGAAUGAUAUUAAUGAGGAUACAAUAUUGAGUUUAAAUGAACAGGGUCAUAAGAUUGAUUGUUUUGGUAUUGGUACACAUUUGGUCACCUGCCAAAGACAACCCGCUUUAGGUUGUGUUUACAAACUGGUGGAAAUCAAUGGUCAGCCACGUAUCAAACUAAGUCAAGAUGUGGAAAAGGUUACCAUGCCUGGCCAUAAAAAUGCCUAUAGAUUGUAUAGUGCCGAUGGUCAUGCUUUAAUUGAUCUAUUGCAAAAAGUCACCGAACCCCCACCAGCUGUGGGACAAAAAGUUCUAUGUCGUCAUCCUUUCCAAGAAUCGAAACGUGCUUAUGUCAUUCCAACCCAUGUUGAAUCAUUGUACAAAAUCUAUUGGCAAAAUGGUAAAAUCUGUCAACAAUUACCAACCUUGGAACAAGUGCGCGAACGUGUACAAAUGUCAUUGAAAACCUUAAGAAACGAUCAUAAACGCACUUUAAAUCCCACACCGUACAAGGUCUCGGUCAGUGAUAAUUUGUACAAUUUCAUACACGAUCUGUGGCUACAAAAUGCUCCCAUUGGUGAACUCUCAUGAUCUAUAUAAAAAUGUUAUGCAAACAGGACGAAUUUUGAAUUCAUUUACUACUUAUGUAUUCCUAAGAAUUAUGUAGUACAGAAACUUGCUGGACAUGUAAAGGUUUUUAAUUUAUAUAUUUAAUUUCUAUUCUAUUAUCAUUUUUGCAAUAUUUACCUUUAAAACACAAUAUCUUAAUUAAAGUUAUUAAAAUCAAAUUUAUUAUUGUUAAAAA